AUGUAAACACACAUAAAUAACAGCUAUAUUGAAAACUCUUAAAUAUAUAAGCGAAACAACAAUAAAGACAUAGAAGAUAUCAAAUAAAAAUUAGAGAGAUACAAAGAUCUAAAAAAAGAAAUCAAUCAUCUAUAAUCUGCACGACUUAAAAGUCUGCUUACAUCUCAAACUGCCGAUGAAACCUCAAGGAAAUAAAAUUAAAAUUAGAACAAUAAUAACAGUAUUAAUAAUCAAGGUAUGAGUCCACAUCCCUCAGUUAAAGAAUUUUAGAGAAGUCCUCAAUUUAAUGUAUAAUCAAUUCACUCUAAAAAUCAUGCUAAUUCACAACUUAAUAGCUAUGCAAGUUUCAUGCCAAAUUCCCAAACACUUCCAUAAAUAAACUAGCAAUAAAGUCCCAAUGCAUCCUUCAUAGGUGUUCCUUAGCAUGCAGAGUUAUCUUCAAAAGUAAGGAAACUCAUCGGUCCUGAUGAGGAUUCUAGGACACCUAUAAGAAAGCCUAUAAAGAAUGGAAAUUACAACAAACAAUUAGCGAUGCCAUUUGAAAAUUAAUUAUCAACAACAAGACACAGUCCUGCAUUGAGAGAUGGGAGAAUUGAAUAAAUACUUGGAAUGGAGAUCGAAUCACCAAAGCAAUUUCUAAUAAAAAUUGAAGAUGAAAUUCUACAAGAAAUGAAGGAGGAAGAUGAUCCGCUAGUAGCAAUGCAAAACCUAUAGAAAAAGAAAACAUUCAAGGAUAAAGUAGAGUACUUCAAGCAUAGAUUGGAUGUUAGUCUUAAGAAGAAGGAAAUUGUACUUAAAUGCAUCAAUAAAUUUAGAGGAAUAGCUCUGUCAAUGGGGAAAUUUAUGAAAAUGCAUAAGGAUUUCAGAAACAUGAGGAUGCGAUACAAGGAUACUCAGCUUAAUGAGAUGGAUAAGCUUAUUGAAUUGAAUAUGAAAAUAGCUAGAUCUUGGAUCAUCUAACUCAACUCUACUAUCCUCAAGAAUAUGAUAGUCAAGAGCAUACUUUCAAACAUUCUUAAUAAUACUGUAAAGACAUAAAUGCCAGAUCCUCUAGUUAAAUUCUUUUAGCAACUAACUAAACUAGGCACAUUUGUUCCACCCAGCUUUUACAACAGAUUUGAGAAUUAGCAUUCGAUUUUAGAUGAGAUGGGCUCAACAACUAGACUAAAUACAGGACAAAGGAUGAUAAUCUUUGGUUUCUUCCUGUUUGAUAAAGUACUUCUUAGAGACCUGGGAUUCCAGCCUGGAGAUUCAUAUACUUAGAAUUAAAAUUUACAAUAGAAUGGCAUAAACAACAAUAGCAAUCAUUUGCUUCUCUAUCUAUUAUCUAUACCUGAUGCUUGUAAGUCAAAUGAGUUUUAAAAUGAGUGUGGGUAGUGGUGA